ACGGGAGUGAUACAGACACGAGAGACCGCUGGAGACCCGACCACUUAAACACCAGCUCCAGCAGCAAACACACCGACAUCCUCCGUGAGAAGCCUGGGACUUGUUAUCUGCAGCUUUCCCGAAUGAAGAAGUGAGUCUGCUGCGAGCACCGUCAUGGCUGUCCAGGCCGGCAUCCAGGCGUGGUUCGGCGAGAAGUUCGACGCCCCCCUGAUGAGCCCCAGGAGCCCCCGCAGCCCGCUGGCGCAGCGGCACGGCCCCGGCCUGGCCGACGUCUUCCAGUACGACCAGUGGCUGGCGGUGCGACACGAGGCCACGCUGGUGCCCAUGCAGGAGGACCUGGCGCUCUGGCUCUCCGCCAUGCUGGGAGAGGAGGUCCGGGCCGAGUUCUUCAUGGAGGAGCUGAACAACGGCGUGAAGCUGUGCCGGCUCAUCGGCGUGCUGCAGGAGAAGGUGGCCCAGAACUGCCCCGCCGCUCUCAGCAAGCUCUUCCCCAUGAGGAAGGUUUCCUGCAAGCGCGACGCCUCCCCAGGCUCCUUCUUUGCUCGAGACAACACGGCCAACUUCCUGUCCUGGUGUCGCCAUGUGGGCGUGGAGGAGACGUACCUGUUUGAGUCGGAGGGCCUCGUUCUGCACAAGGAGCCCCGGCAGGUCUGCCUCUGUCUGCUGGAGAUCGGCCGCAUCGUCUCCAAGUACGGCGUGGAGCCCCCCGUGCUGGUAAAGCUGGAGAAGGAGAUCGAGCUGGAGGAGACCCUGCUGAUGACGGAGCCGCCCCGCGUGGCGGUGAAGACCUUCAGCGUGUGCUGCCAGCACGGCUGCCUGUACCAGCCCGGGGAGCAGAACAUGGAUGAGCCGCCCUGCAACUGCUCCAACAGGGUCUCCAUCGAGUACCUGUCCGAGGGACGAUAUAGGCUGGGAGACAAGACCAUCUUCAUCCGGAUGCUUCAUGGGAAACACGUGAUGGUGCGCGUGGGCGGCGGCUGGGACACCCUGCGUGGCUUCCUGACCAAGUACGACCCGCUGAGGGUGCUGCAGUUCACCACGCUGGAGCAGAAGAUCCUGGCCUUCCAGAAGGGCCCGCCGGGGCUGGGGGGUCACCACGGCAACGCAGCGCCACCCCCCCCGCCGGACAUGGACCCUCUCACCGCCGUCAACGACCUCAUCUCCUCCUCCUCCUCGGCCUCCUCCUCCAGCUGCUCCUCGUCCUCCUCGUCUGCGCCCGGCGCCGGUCCGCCGGGUCGCCCGUACACCCCCUCCCCCGCCUGCACCCCCCCGCCCCCCAGGAAGGGUUCUGUGCCAAAGAAGCUCCUCCAAACGGCCCCCCCAUCCCCCUCCCCCCGGAAGCCCACCCAGCUCCCCAUAACCCCCUCCAGCAGGGCUCCCGGCUCCCAGCCCUCCACGCCCCUGGGGGGCGCCGGUGCCGGCGGGCCCAGCCCGGGGGGGCAGCGGAGAGUCCUGACCCCGUCAGCAGCUCCGGCUAGAAACCCCCCCUCCAGAGCCAAGCUCCGGCCGCAGGGCGCCCCCCCCCAGCCCCGGAGCCCCGUCUGCCCCGAGCCCUCGUCCAAGUGCCCCAAGCCCUCCAGCCCCUGCACCUCCCCCCCCGCCGCCGCCCGCCUGGCCCGCCCCGCCGCCGCCGCAGCAGAACCAGCCCCCGCCUCUAAGGAUACCCGCCCCCCCACGGGCGCCAGCCAGCGCCCCCGCCUGGCGCAGCGCCGCCCCGGCUCCCCGGCCUCGCGCCUGCGCCUGGAGGCGGCCAGGCGGGCCAGGGCGGCCACCAGGGGCGUGACCACGCCAACGCCCAGAGCGGGGGCCGCCGCAGCCGCCCCGCUGCCCCGGAACCCCCCGCCCAGCUCACGGACAGCCCCCCCAGCCCUGACCAGACCUGCCGGCCCCCCCAAGGAGGCUGCAGCCAGAGCCAAGGUGGCAGCGCCGAGCAGAGCUGCCGCUCCGCAGGGCGGUGCCCCCAUCGCUGGGCGGGUCCCAGCAGUGAGCACCACCGCCAACCCCACUAAAGCCAAUCAGAGAACACCGGCCGCAGCUCAGAGGGCGGGGCGGAGACAAGCAGCCGCCGGUAACCCGGGCAACGCCAAGGCCUCCUCAAAACCCGGACCAGGUCCAGCCGGAGCCCUGCAGAAAGGCAGCACCCCCACCCUUGCCGCCGCCACCAAGAAGCUCCCCCCCGUCCACGGCAAGACGGAGGACUCUUACUUUGAGAUGAACUGUGGGAGGAAGCUGAAGACGUAA